AUGGGGUCUUUGGGAGUUGAAACUGGAAAGAAGAAGGCAAUGUGGCUCUAUCCUAAGGUUUUAGGAUUUAAUCCUUCUGAAAGAUGGGGUCAUUCUGCCUGUUACUCUCAUGGGGUUGUUUAUGUCUUUGGGGGAUGUUGUGGGGGUCUGGAUUUCAGUGAUGUUCUCCUGCUAAAUCUUGAUACGAUGGUUUGGAACUCUCUGGCAACCACAGGUCAAGGGCCUGGUCCAAGAGACAGCCACAGUGCUGUUCUCGUUGGCCGACAGAUGAUUGUUUUUGGGGGCACAAAUGGCUCUAAGAAGGUGAAUGAUCUUCAUGUUUUGGAUCUUGGGACCAAGGAGUGGAUUAGCCCUGAAUGUAAAGGGACUCCUCCUUCGCCUCGCGAAAGUCACACUGCAACCCUCAUUGGUGACGAUAAAAUCAUGGUGUUUGGGGGAAGUGGAGAAGGUGAAGCAAAUUAUUUGAAUGAUUUGCAUGUUUUAGACCUCAGGUCUAUGAGAUGGACUUCUCCAGAGGUGAAGGGUGAUAUUCCUGCUCCUAGGGAUAGUCACAGUGCUGUUGCAAUUGGCAGUAAGCUUUUUGUGUAUGGUGGUGAUCGUGGUGAUAGGUAUCAUGGUGAUGUGGAUGUUCUUGAUACAGACACAAUGACUUGGAGAAAGCUUGCUGUUCAAGGAUCUUCGCCAGGCGUUAGAGCAGGCCAUACUGCUGUGAAUAUUGGGACAAAGGUUUAUGUCAUUGGAGGUGUUGGGGACAAGCAUUACUACAAUGAUGUUUGGGUGCUUGAUGUGAGUACUUGUUCAUGGACUCAACUUGAUAUAUCCGGGCAGCAACCUCAAGGGAGGUUUUCUCACACUGCGGUUGUUACAGACUCGGAUAUUGCCAUCUAUGGCGGGUGUAGAGAGGAUGAGCGUCCUCUCAAUCAGUUGCUGGUCUUGCAACUUGGAGCCGAACACCCCAAUGGUCGAUACAACAUAUCCAUGUGCAAGAUCUUUGGAAGCCAUUGGAAUCAAGAAAAGAGAAGAUUUCUACACGGAGCAGAGGACAAUUCGACAAUGUUUCUAGGGAACAACGACAUAGUCCGAAAGGGCUCUCAAGAAUCAGAAGAAUCAAAACAACCUUUUCAGUUCAGUUCAGAUACUCUGCAUCCCAAGAAGAAAAGAACUGCAAAUUCGAAAGCAUGGGAGAUUGAUUCAGAACAAGAAGAGCAUUCUCUUUCGCUCUCUCAACAUUCAUCUCCAUCACAAUCUGAUCAAGAACAGAUCCCAGUUCAGAAAUCUGUUGAUUCCCUCACAUCCGGCCAAGGCCUUAAUUUGUUUAGGCAGUUAAACAAAAUCCCCAGAAAUUGCCGGGCUGAUGAUGCUGCCAGUAGCCAUAAACAACCUAGAGCUACGGUGCAAAGAACCCCAUACAACCUCCAAAUUUCUAGGGAGCAUAAAAGAGCAGAACAAUAUUUUCAUGCUGGCAGACAGGAAACACCGUUCCCAGCGACGGAUUAUGCACCCAUGGAGUCAGCAUGUAUUCAGAACCUGGUUGGUGCUGAAGUCCGAGGUAAAGUCGAUGGAGCCUUCGACUCAGGCCUUCUAAUGACUGCAACUGUUAAUGGGAAGAUUUUUAGAGGGGUCUUGUUUGCACCUGCACCAGGUGGAUUACCGCGAGGGGCCGUUCUAGCUCAAAAUCAUGCACCUCCAGCAACUCAAAUUCCGAUCAUUCAAAAAUUUCCAAACACAAAUCAUAUCGAUUCGUUAAAGCCUUCUCACCAUCCGGGAACUUUCUCCAUGCCAGAAUCUGGUCAGAGUUUUCGACAAGCUCAAAUGACAAGAACAUAUCCAGUAAUUAGAGCUGCUCCAUCAGUAGCCAAAGAACAAAAGCCAAGAAGUGAUCUUCAAGGUGUGGUGCUAACGCUAGGAGGACCUGCUAGUGGUCAUGUUGGACAAAUCUAA